GGUUCAACAAUUAAGGGGAAUGCUCAGGUCAAUUUCCCAUGUUUUAAAUUUACAUGGUCGACGGUUCGAGGAGGAGGGCUAUGUCGACGUCUGCAGAGUCGCGGCUUUGAAAGCAAAACGUGAGAAGGAACAUAGCCGGUCCGUUUGAUUAUUUAUUUCCUACGUUUUUCCUGGAGUGGCAGUGGGUCUAUGCCCCACUUCGGUGUGUGCAACCAAUAAAGCCAACGGCCAUUGGGGAGUCGGGGACCGCCCAUCCGCUCAGCCAGGAAGGAGAGAGAAAGAGAGAGUUCUUAACUUCACAUCCCACAAAUCCUCUUCUGUGGAUACCAAGAUCUCCUGAGAUUUCUUGGCCUCCUUCUCUCGCCCUCUCUCUGUCCGUGCCAACACAGUAAAUUGCCCUUAUCUCUGUUAGACUCUGCUUCGUGUCUCCAAAUACCUUCAUUUCUGUAGCAUAUGCAAUUGGUUGAAAGAAACCAAAAGUUACCCAUCUCACGUUUCUCCAUGAAACUGACAUCUUCAAUGGAUUAAGCUUACCUCAGCUGUUGGGACUCGAUAAGGAAGCGGGUACAGGGAAAGGAGACGAGCCAAAAGAUGCAGGCUUCAACAAUUACACAGGAGCCCUCCAAUGGCUUGGACCUCUUCUUAUCCAGGAUAGGGUACCUGGACCUCAACACCCAUUCGGUCUGUAGGGAUUUCGGGCAUUUGGGAACAGCGAAUUCGACUUCUACAAUCGGUUGGAGCACCUUCUUCAAUAGUAAGUUAGGAGAGAGGAAGGCCAACAAGGUCGUUGCCUCACUCAGGCUGAGUGGUGGUGGUCAUGGUAGUGUCCAGGGCCUCUGGAAUGAGUUCAAUAAGUUUGUGAAGUUUCAUUGCCAGAAGUUCUCUUAUGGGUUCGCAUCUGUUGGUGGCGUGACGAAGCACGGCUUUGAAUCCAGCAGUGGAAAUGGAGCUUUCAAUGUGGUUGGAGAGGACGGUAAUGACGUUGCGGUGAUGAGUGAAGUGAAACAUCCAAAAAGGAUACUGAUUCUAAUGAGUGACACUGGGGGUGGACACAGAGCUUCUGCUGAAGCAAUCAAGGCAGCAUUCAAUCUUGAAUUUGGAGAUGAGUACCAGGUAUAUGUUACAGAUUUAUGGACGGAUCAUACACCUUGGCCAUUUAAUCAGUUGCCUAGGAGCUACAACUUCUUGGUAAAACAUGGGGCGCUCUGGAAAAUGACCUAUUAUGGAUCAGCUCCUCGCUUGGUCCAUCAACCGCAUUUUGCUGCGACCUCUGCUUUCAUAGCUCGGGAGGUUGCAAAAGGGUUGAUGAAAUACCAGCCAGAUAUCAUAAUUAGCGUGCAUCCUUUAAUGCAGCAUGUGCCACUCCGAAUCUUGCGAGCAAGAGGUCUUUUGAAAAAGAUAGUAUUCACCACAGUUGUUACAGAUCUCAGUACUUGCCAUCCUACAUGGUUUCAUAAGCUUGUAACAAGAUGUUAUUGUCCCACUGCUGAGGUAGCGAAAAGAGCUUUAAGAGCCGGAUUGAAGCAUUCUCAAAUCAAGGUGUAUGGCCUCCCAGUGCGACCUUCCUUUGUUAAGCCUAUUCGCCCAAAGGAUGAAUUAAGAAAGGAACUGGGCAUGGAUGUGGAACUGCCUGCUGUUUUACUCAUGGGAGGAGGGGAAGGUAUGGGACCUAUUGAAGCCACUGCCCGGGCUCUUGGUGACGCACUAUAUAAUGAGUCUCUGGGAGAGCCGGUAGGUCAACUUAUUGUUGUUUGUGGAAGGAAUCAGAAACUUCUGAGCAGAUUAAAGGCAAUCACGUGGAAAAUCCCAGUUCAGGUAUUAGGCUUCGUUAGCAAAAUGGAAGAAUGCAUGGGAGCAUGUGAUUGCAUUAUCACCAAGGCAGGACCUGGGACCAUUGCAGAAGCUAUGAUAAGGGGUCUUCCCAUCAUUCUUAAUGAUUACAUCGCUGGCCAGGAGGCUGGCAAUGUGCCUUAUGUUGUAGAGAAUGGAAUUGGGAAGUUUUCGAAGUCACCUAAAGAGAUAGCAAAUAUCGUUGCCCAAUGGUUUGGUUCGAAAUCCGAUGAGCUCAAAGCCAUGUCCCAGAAUGCACUGAAGCUUGCGCGGCCAGAUGCUGUUUUUAAGAUAGUUAAUGAUCUUCAUGAACUGGUGACACAGAGAAAUUUACUAACAGCCCAAUAUGCUUGUACAAGCUGAUAAUAUUUCCAAUUUUGCAAUUUGUCUUAUUUACCUUGACACAGGAGGAGCAUUCACACGCUGGUGGUCUCUAUUCAAUUUCCUUUUGCUUCCACCCUUGUCUUGUUUCUGCUAUGCAGGUCACCAUUUUUGUCUAUCUUGAUCCUGCUAGCCUUUAGUCGUCACAUUACCACCUUGCACUUUUUUGGUUGUCUGUCAUUGUCAUUAUGGUCCACUAGCACCAUAUGGUGAUCAUCAUACCAUGCGGUUUUGUAAGAGAAUUUUACUUGAGUGACAAGCAAUCUGCACAGAAAUUAUAUGGUAAAACCUGCACUAUGACUGUCUCGACCUCGUGAUGUGCAUUUCUAUUCCUGUGCAGUGAGCUAAACUAAUGCUUUAUCCUUUUCAUAUCAAUCUCGUCAGUGGAGAAUCAAUUAGCUUUUAA